AUGGGCUUGAGGAUGGAGAGCUUUCACAGCCCUCAACUACUAGACAUAUCACCUGCUUCUACACCUUUUGAAGCUGCUAUGGCCUCAAACGCACAACCAGGUAGCUUAAAAACCAUUCCAAACGAGCUAUUUCACCACCCACCGGACCGCAACACGGCCGGUCAGAGCUUAUUGGACCCGCCACCGCUGCCCCCAAGUGUUGUUCCAAGUGGUGAUUCGUCCCAGCAGGUUUCACUCAGCUCAGAGGCUGCAAACAAGCCCGCUCACCCCCAACCAGACCAUAACACGUCUGAUCAGAACUUACCGGACCAGGCCUUGAACAAGCCCGCUGAUCACCUACCAAACUGUAGCAUGGCCAAUUGGAGUUUACCGGACCCACCGCCGCUGCCGCCGAUUGCCGUUGGCGCAGAUGUGUCCCACCAGGUACCACCCAACUCAGAUGGUGCAAACAAGCUUGCUGACCACCGAUCUGAAUGUAGCGCGGCUGAUCAGAGCUUACUGGACCCACUGCCUCUGCCGCCAAGUGUUGUUCCUAGUGUUGAUGCGUCCCAGCAGGUGUCACCCAGCUCAGAGGCUUUGAACAAGCCCGCUCACUCCCAACCGGACCAUAACACUUCUGGUCAGAUCUUAGCGGACCCGCCGCUGAACAAGCCUGCUUACCACCAACCAGACCAUAGCACGGCCGAUCGGAGUUUACCCCAAUUGUCGUUCCCGGUGUGGAUGCUUGUGAUCAGCAGUUUCCAGAGAGCUCAGAGACUGUGA